ACAGUCCAACAAAAAAAUUGGCCCCAAAAAGAACAGGGACGCUAUAAAACUUGGCUACUUCGUUAGUUGGAAAGUACGUUUUCAAGAACCAUUACGCACUUAACCAUGGAGAAACCCGAAGUGAUGACACCAAAAAGUCUCGAUGACCUGAUCAAAUUGCUGCAUAAACUCUUUGAAAGUGACAAAAUCAAUGUGGAGGAGGUGCAACAAAUAAUGGAGGCAUAUGACAGCAAUCCACAGGAGUGGAAGAAAUUUGCAAUGUUUGACCCGACCAGGUACACAAGGAACCUGGUGGAUGAAGGGAACGGAAAGUUCAACCUCAUUUUACUCUGCUGGGGAGAGGGUCAGGGCAGCAGUAUCCAUGACCACACAGACUCCCACUGUUUCAUGAAGAUGCUGCAAGGCGAACUGAAGGAGACGUUGUUUCAAUGGCCCAAUAACAAAACACAGGAUGUUGGUGACAUGGUUCAGAAAUCUCAGAGAAUUCUGAAAGAAAACCAGUGUGCCUACAUCAAUGAUUCCCUUGGGUUGCACAGAGUAGAGAACGACAGUCACACCGACGGUUCGGUCAGUUUGCACCUGUACAGUCCCCCCUUCGACACCUGCCAGACUUUUGACGAGCGCACAGGACACAAGAACACUGUCAAGAUGACGUUCUGGAGCAAAUUUGGAAAGAGGACUCAAUCUGAAACAACAGUCUCACAAGAAAACAACUGAGGCGCAGAAGAAAACAAUUGCGCUUGGAAUGAUAGUGUUGUCAAAUAGAGUCAACAUGAAGCUGCAAAUAAGUAAAAUUCAUACCUAGAUAUAUAUAUAUAUAUAGGGGAUCUUAAUUUGAGCCAGUUUGCUACAGAAUGAAAAUGAUUCUGCAGCAACAGGAAAUGUGACCUGUGUAACGACACUUUUGUACCGUUACGGCAUAUGGCUGAAGUGUAUUAUGUAUGAGUGGAACUAGGUUGUCUAUUACAUCAAGGAAUGGCAUCAACAGUUUUACACUUCUAUUGAAGUUAUUGAUUUUUACAAAAAAUUGUCUUAAUUAACACUUGUCAAAAUGGUGAUGUAACAUUACAUUUUUUUGUGCAGUUAAAUUAGUGGCAAUUUACAUUAGGAAAAUGGAAAGCUUUAUAUGGGGCAGCAGGGUAGCCUAGUGGUUAGUGUUGGACUAGUAACCAAAAGGUUGCAAGUUCAAAUCCCCGAGCUAACAAGGUACAAAUCUGUUGUUCUGCCCCUGAACAGGCAGUUAACCCACUGUUCCUAGGCCGUCAUUGAAAAUAAGAAUUUGUUCUUAACUGACUUGCCUAGUUAAAUAAAGGUAAAAUACAUGUAUAAUUUGAAAAUGUGAUCCCUGUCAUUGCUAUUUCCAGAGUGUUUUGCUUUUUGGGAUGAGAAGGGGUGUUAAUUGGCAUUAACUAUUUCAGUGUCACUCUUGAAUGUGUUUCAUUGUUUAAACCUCGAUAUAAGGAGACUUGUCAAGGAUUGCGGUUGUUUUUAUUAUAACCCAAUGUUCAGAAGAACAAGGCACUCACUUUUUCCUUUUGCAAGUUUUUAAAAAAUGUAGCUUAAUUUAGAUAGCAUUGUCAGUUAAAAUGAAUAAUACAGUAUAAGAUAUAGUGAAUGAUAAGCCUUGCAUUGACUGACCAUUAAAUAUUUUAAAUCAUGA